AGUCUUGCACAGGUGUACCGACUCCUCCACUGCAGUCUUGCACAGGUGUACCGACUCAUCCCCUUCAGUCUUGCACAGGUGUACCGACUCCUCCCCUUCAGUCUUGCACAGGUGUACCGACUCCUCCACUGCAGUCUUGCACAGGUGUACCGACUCCUCCCCUUCAGUCUCGCACAGGUGUACCGACUCCUCCCCUUCAGUCUUGCACAGGUGUACCGACUCCUCCCCUUCAGUCUUGCACAGGUGUACCGACUCAUCCCCUUCAGUCUUGCACAGGUGUACCGACUCCUCCCCUUCAGUCUUGCACAGGUGUACCGACUCCUCCACUGCAGUCUUGCACAGGUGUACCGACUCCUCCCCUUCAGUGUUGCACAGGUGUACCGGCUCCUCCCCUUCAGUCUUGCAAAGGUGUACCGACUCCUCCCCUUCAGUCUUGCACAGGUGUACCAACUCCUCCCCUUCAGUCUUGCACAGGUGUACCAACUCCUCCCCUUCAGUCUUGCACAGGUGUACCGACUCCUCCCCUUCAGUCUUGCACAGGUGUACCGACUCCUCCCCUUCAGUCUU